AUGACGCGACUCAAUUACCUCUCCUCAUUAUCUCUCGCCCUCCUACCACUCGUCUCGGCGAGCACGGGCGCCGUCGACUGCAAGAAGUUUGUCGUGAACAAAAACGCAUACGAUUUUCGAGCGCUCGACAAGCCCCAUACCGUCUGGGUUCUUGAUGAAUCAUCUCCGCCUGCCGUAUACAACACAUCCUGGACAGUCAAUAUAUGCAACCAAUUAGAAAUUGACAAGAGCAAGGAUAAUUGGCGAGAAGAUCAGUGUAAAAGCUCAACAAACAUCUGCGGCGUCCGUCGGUCGUGGAAUCCCGCCGAUGACCCGGACAAGGAGCAUGUGCAAGUCGAAAAUGUCAUCCCACUUGCCGGCCAAUACGUCCACGAGGGGUACAACUUUGAGCAUGAAUGGACGACGCUGGAACAGAAGGACGGCCAUCCGGGCGGAUUGGAGUUUGUGGUCUAUGGUCCAAAGUACGGAAAAGCCCUGCAGCGAGCCAUCAUCGAUUUCAAAUGUGACCCCGAAUCUGGCGAGGAAGAGAAGCGCGAUGAUGACGACCAGCCGAAACAAAGCAAAGGCAACCCCAGUUUUGUGAGUUACGAGCAAGAGAUGGAGGGUAAGAAGUUGUACGAUACACUGAGGUUGUCGUGGCAGACCAAGUAUGCCUGCAGAGACUAUGACGGGCCAGGAGAUGGUGGCAGCAGCAACUGGGGCUUUUUCACCUGGUUCAUUCUGAUCUUAUUCUUGGGUGCCGCGGCUUACCUGAUCUUCGGUUCCUGGCUCAACUACAAUCGCUACGGCGCAAGAGGAUGGGAUCUUCUACCGCACGGCGACACGAUUCGAGACAUUCCAUACAUGAUGAAGGAUUGGGGAAAGAAGGUCGUCGAUACCGUAAGCGGACCGGGGACGAGAGGAGGCUACAGCGCUGUAUAA